AUGUCUGAACUCAAGGAUGUCCUGCAAGACCUACUUCUACGAGGCCGAUUCUCUGACAUGGAGAUUCUUUGCCAAGGAAUUACUUUCAGAGUUCACAAAGCUAUUGUGUGCACUCAGUCAAGCUAUUUCUAUAGCGCGAUGUGCGAUGGCUUCAAGGAAUCCAUCGAUCGAGCUAUCAAUAUUGAAGACGACACUCCAGAGACCAUGGAACGUGUUCUAUCUUUUCUCUAUCUCCGAGAUUAUAAUGAGGAUGGGCACAUUCUUCAAUAUCAUCAACCGAUAUCGACGCUUGCCAUCUGUGAUCAUGACUCUAGUUCAUCUCUUUCGGAAAAUAAGCCAGAAAUCUCAGAGCCAGCUAAUCGAGUUGCUUUCAACAAUAUUGAAGUGUUUAUCGCUGCUGAUAAGUAUGCGAUCCUUCCUUUGAAAGCUCUGGCUACCCUAAAGCUCUCCCAAUGGGCAGACAAAAACUGGUGCUCUCCUAUGUUUAACGAAGUCGUGCAAAAGGUCAUGACGUCAGUACCACAACAUGAAUUAUCUCUUCGGGAAGUGAUUGCCGACAUUAUAUCGAGGCAUGUCUUCGACCUUAUCCAAGACCCAGAGAUAGUUCGCACCUUAGAUUCUUUUGGAUGCCUUGGGUCCCUCGUUAUCAUGAAAUUAAUCAGCAACGAGAUGGUGAAACGGCCUCACGAUAAUUAUGUUUUGCCGUUGGGUACUAGGAUCAGCUCUUCUCGGCGCCAUCGGUAA